CCCCCAUGUCGUCGAACCCUCUCCACCCCGGUGUCCAUCCCAGCCGUCAGUUUCGUGCUCAGCUCGCAGCAGACAAUCCGACGGCAGACGCGCUCGCUCGCGGCGCACGCCGGUCCACCGCACUCUUGCACACCCCGUUUCAAGCCCAGCCGUACAUGUCCACCCUCGAGUCCAACGUCGCCGCCAGCCGCCGCCAGGUGGAGGAGGAUCCCAUCGACCAUGACCCGACGGCGUCCAUCAUGCCCGCGCUCCCCGCCUGCCUCCAGCCGCUGACGGAGAGACCGCUGGACGCGAACGCGGACGCCAUCCCGACGCCUAGCGCGACCCUGGCGCCGUACGUGCCCCGGUCGAUGAACGAGAUCCCGCUCCCGAAACGCGUCCUCGUCGAUCCCCGCGACCAGCACACCGUCGACCUCCAGAUCUCCAAGCUCGUCCAGGCGUUCAAGGAGUCUGGAAGGGAUAUCGACCAGUACUCGGCCGAGCUCCAGGCCUGGUCGGAGCAGGUAGAGUCAUCCGAGGCCGACAAGACGCGAAGAGCCCGCUCGCGGAUGUUCGGCCGCUGGAUAGGCUGGAUUCGCCUCAAGGCGCCCAACUGGCCAGAGUCCGCCGCUUGGAACGGGGACUGUAUCCUCGAGUAUGGCCCCUCCUUUCUUCGCUUUCUCCUCGACCACGUCAAGCGUCCGGAUGGGAAAGCCCUCAAGUCUCGCACGCUCGCCUGCUGGUUCGGCCUCUUUGUGCAGUGCAUCAUCCGAUACGCUGUCGACGCCAAGACGGGCAAGCCGUGUGGCACGGUCAUCCUCGCCCAGCACGAACUCUUCAAUGUCCUUCGGGACCAGGUCUUUGCGUUGACCAGAGUGUACGGCCUCGACCGCCGGUACAGCAACCGGAUCUACUACGGCCCCGGCGACCUCAUGGUCAUCCUCGAGGACCUGCUCUCCGAACCGUACAAGGACUGGCAGGUCGUCCUCCAGCACUGCCAGCAGCUCAUCUUCCCCUUCUAUUUCGGUGUCCGCGCAUCCACCCUCGGCCCCGUCAGCCAGAAGCACGAGGACAACGGGGCAAAGGUGACGUUCAGGGACGUGUCCGUGCUCAAGUUGGACGAGUACCGAUGGCGGAUCCAGUUGCGGUUCCACAAUUUCAAGGUUUAUGCAAAAUGCUGUAAUCGUCCGUACGACAAGGAGCAGACGUACAACUUGGACUCGGUCGAGGCCAUGGAGUACGCCCUCCUCGACGGCCCCACGUACUGUCUCCCGGCUUGGUAUGCGCGCGGUCUCUUUUGUCGGAAGAAGUACCCGACGUUCCUCAUCUUUCUCACGCACAGCGACCCUGUGCGUGAGAUCGUCCCCGAAGCCUUGGACUGGCACAUGUCCGUCCACUCUCGCCCCUCUCCGCCGUCCGCCACUCACGCCCUCCGCAGCUUCCGCGCCGUCAAGCCGGGUGGAUCGGGCUUUGUGAACCCUCCCAAGGCAGCCAGCUCUCGCGCGUUCUCGAACCUGACGGCCAGCCGGACCAAGAUCUCUGGCAUACCCUCCACCGGCGUCGGCGGCUGGCGACGCGGCGCGGGUGAACAGGUAGCGAUGAACUAUGGGCUCGAGAUGGGCCGAGCACUGCUUGCGCAGGCACCGGACAGAGCGUACAAGGUCCUGCUCGAGCAUUACACUCACGAAAACGCCAACCACCCGUUCGUCGGCAUGCGCCUGUGUACGAUAGACCCCACCGCCAGCCCCGAGAUGGCGCGCCGGUACCGUGAACAGCAAGAGCUCACGGCCGUCGUCCUGGACGCCGUCGUCCGCCGCACCCGUGCCCAGGUCGCUACUCAGGCCAGAACAGCAGACGGCGUGUCAGAGAGCGCGAGUAUCGCCCGCCUGGAGGUCGAGUCCUCGGCAGCGUUGAGGGCAGAGGCCAAACGGCUUGCAGCCGAGGAACCGCUGUCUAUCGAGUACGAGGCCGAGCUCGAACGCGUGUUCGCCGAGUUCAAGUCGCUCUUCAACAACCUCACCCUCGGCAGUCGUCCGUCCUCGGUGAAACUGGCCAUCGAGCGCGCAGACAAUGCCGCGGACGAACUGACGUACAAGACGCUGCCCACGCGCGACCUCGCUCAGACUAGGCUGCGUGCUGUCCAGCUCCAGCAAGAGGUGGCCGUUGCCAGGCAGAGGGCGAGUUUGUGGCACAUCCAACGCGUUCGUGCGCAUUUUGAUCGCCUCUGCCGCGAGGAGCUAGGGGCCAGACGCGAUGCGCCCCCGGUCGGCACCCUUCAGGAGCGCGCGGAUGCGAUCAAGCGCCUCAAGGGCAUCUCGUACACCCAACGCGCGCUCGUCGAGGACGGCCAGCGCAUGUUCGGCACGGACGGGCUCGCGAGCGCGAGCACGAGCACGGGCCCCGAUAGCACCGCCCCCGCGUCCCUUCCCCGCGAACCCGUCGCGUCCACGUCCGCCCAUCCCUCCUCGACCCAUCGCCCAUCGGCCACCGCUCCCGCGCUCGUCGGUCUGUCAAAGACCGUGCCGCUUGUGCCAGAGGACGACAGUGGACUGCUCGCGCUCGAUGACGAGGUCGAUGCUCGGGUGCUGAACCAGUCCAUCGACUCGUCCGUCAUCUACCAGCUCAAGAAGCACGCAGGCACGACGGGCCUGGACGAGGACGAGCUCGUCGCGGACGAGUUCUUGCCCCCAACGACCAUACCACUCGACGGUGUCUCGGAGUCGACUCGCGCCAUCAUACCCUCGCUCGGGCCCACCCUGCGCAUCCUCACUCGCCGCCUAUACCUCCCGUUGGAGAACAGCAUAUACAAGGCAAUCGAGGCCACUGUCGACGGAGUGCUCAAGUAUCACUGCCAGCUAUGCUUGCUCGUGGACGCUCACCUCGCGGACGAGCGAUUUACGGUCCAGAGAGGCGACAAGCGCGAGUUCCUGACCAUCGGCGAGUAUAACAAGCAUCUUCUUCUCCAGCAUUCGUUCUGGCGGCAGUUGAUCAUGAAGAUCUUCCGCGACGGCAACAAGGGUCUGAAGUGCCCUGCCUGCGACCAUCACGCGCCUGACUACCAGACCCUCACCGACGAUCACAUGCUUGUGGACUGCGUCGACACUCUCACCUUCUCGCAAGUCCAAGACAUGCACAAGCAAGCCUGGAUCAAGGCCACCGGCAAGAGACCCGCACGCGCGACGGCGCCGGAUAACGCGCAGGCCAACGCGCCCCACUCAGGGUCAGCCACCGGACGCAAGAGGGCAGCGUCUCCAAAGGAGAAGGCAUCAGGCACCGCACGCGACUCGGUCGCGCAAGGGCUCGCGAUUUUGGAAGAGCACGCGUCAGAUGAUCCAGCCGUCGCAGAUGUCAUCGACAGUGCGCAGCGACUGCUCGAUUGGCUGGACGACGAGACUGAGGGGGACCUGCCGGCGGUUGACUUUUGGCCGUCGUACGAGGACUUGAGCACAUGGACUUUGGCCGAAGCGGAGAUCGCGCUCGAGGAGCUUCAGCAGUCACACCCUGACGACGAAGUCACCCUCGCCAUGGAGCGCGCGGUCGAGCACCUGAGUCAGUCUCAUCGUGAGCUUACUCUCGACGAGUAUUAUGAUGCGUGGUUAGACGCCUGCUUGUAGUUGUAAUACACGUGUUUCAUUCAUUCAUUCAGUAUGAGAAAUGACAGGAAGCGUAGUGUGACGACGGUGGUGAGGAAGGUAAGGUAGUCGUGUGCAGAAACGAGAAGUUCAUUGAAAUGCGGUGGAGUUCAAGUCUCGUAGGCGUUCUGCGGGCCCCCGUAGGCCAUCUGAACGUCUCCCGCCAUGUUGCUGCCACCGGCGACGCCGGGCCACGCACCCACGCCACUCGGCCCCUCACCUCCCAUCCCGCCCGCCAUGUUGCUCCCACCAGCGACGCCGGACCACGCGCUUGCGCCACUCGGUCCGCUGCCCCACCCAACACCGAACUCGUCCCCCAUCGCAGGUGCGGGAGCGAGGCCGUUGAAGCCCGUGCUAUAGGCUUGCGGUUGCGGGUACGCGGCAAAGUCGGAACAGGCGCUCUCGUUCAAACCGAAGG